AUGAGUGACGCCUACGAACGUGAGCAGCAGAAUAAUGCGCUCCUCAAUUCGCUAUCCUCCAAGGUCUCGGCUCUCCGAUCAGUGACCAUUGAUAUUCACGAUAACGCACGGGAUCAGGAUACCCUUGACCACACGAGCGAUGUAUUCUCCUCCUUCUCGACAAAUCUGAAAGGCAGCGCCACUCGACUCACACGGAUGGCGAAACAAGGCGACACUGUUGCGGUCCUGAAAAUUGCGGGCAUGUGCAUCGCCGCUGGUAUCGUGCUCUAUAUCAUUAUUGGGUGGAUCUUCUGA